ACAAAGCACACACACAUACAAAGCACACACGCCAGGACGCCACAAAACCGCCUUCGUUUGCCGACCCAAACGUACGCACGCCAUGGGCACCAUGGACGCGCCAGUCUCGAGCGGCAUGCAUAACGCCACCACGGCUGCGUUUCUCGGCUCCAGCGGCCUCGCCAGCCAGCUCCCGGAGCUGCAUACGGUGGAGGUGCUCGUGGCAGUGUCCAUCUUCGUGGUGAUCCACUCGCUGCGGCAGCGGCGCUCGCUGGGCCUCCCGUCGUGGCCGGUGGUCGGCAUGCUCCCGUCCCUCCUCCUCGGCGUCCGGGGCGACAUGUACGAGUGGAUCACGGGCGUCCUCAAGUCCCGCGGCGGCACGUUCACGUUCCGCGGGCCGUUGUUCACCAACCUGCACUGCGUGGUCACCGCCGACCCGCGCAACCUGGAGCACCUCCUCAAGACCAAGUUCGGCAACUUCCCCAAGGGGCCCUACUUCCGCGACACCGUGCGCGACCUCCUCGGCGACGGCAUCUUCGGCGCCGACGACGAGGUGUGGCGGGCGCAGCGCAAGGCGGCCAGCCUCGAGUUCCACUCAGCCGAGUUCCGCGCGCUCACGGCGAGCUCGCUGGUGGAGCUCGUGCACCGGCGGCUGCUCCCCGUGCUGGCCGAGACUGAGGCGGCCGGCGUCGCCGUGGACCUACAGGACGUGCUCCUCCGCCUCACCUUCGACAACGUGUGCAUGAUCGCCUUCGGCGUCGACCCCGGGUGCCUGCAGAAGGGCCUCCCGGAGAUCCCGUUCGCGCGCGCGUUCGAGGACGCCACGGAGGCCACCAUCGUGCGCUUCGUCACGCCCACCGCUGUGUGGCGCGGGAUGCGCGCGCUGGGCGUCGGGCACGAGCGCGUGCUCCGGCGGUCGCUGGCCGGCGUCGACGAGUUCGCGUACGAUGUGAUCAGGAAGCGCAGGGAGGAGCUCGCCGCCGCCGCGGCCGGCCGUGAGGAUGCCGCCGCCGGGCUCAAGCGUGCCGACCUGCUCACCAUCUUCACCAAGAUGCGCGACGCCGACGGUGAAGCCGUCUACUCGGACAGGUUCCUCCGCGACAUCUGUGUCAACUUCAUCCUGGCCGGCCGCGACACGUCGUCGGUGGCGCUCGCGUGGUUCUUCUGGCUGCUCAGCAAGAACCCCGGUGUGGAGGCCAAGAUCCUGGAGGAGGUCGAGGGCAUCGUCGCCGCACGGGCGAGCUGCGGUGAGGUCGAGGAGGAGCUGGUGUUCCAGCCGGAGGAGGUGAAGCGGAUGGAGUACCUUCACGCCGCGCUCUCCGAGGCGCUCCGGCUCUACCCCUCCGUCCCCGUCGACCACAAGGAGGUUGUGGAGGACGAGGUGUUCCCUGACGGCACGGUGCUGAAGAAGGGCACCAAGGUGAUCUACGCCAUGUACUCCAUGGGGAGGAUGGAGAGCAUCUGGGGAGAGGACUGCAGGGAGUACAGGCCCGAGCGGUGGCUCAGGGAUGGCCGCUUCCUCGGCGAGUCCGCCUACAAGUUCACCGCCUUCAACGGUGGCCCGCGCCUGUGCCUCGGCAAGGACUUCGCCUACUACCAGAUGAAGUUCGUCGCUGCCUCCCUCCUCCGCCGCUACCGUGUCAACAUCGUCGAGGGCCACCCGGUGACGCCCAAGAUGGCGCUCACGCUCUUCAUGAAGCAUGGCCUCAAGGUGACUCUGGACAAGAGGGACAAGGCCAAGCUCUGAACCACAACAUCUGACCGAUGAUGCUCGGAAAUGGUGGUGUGUGCUGUGAUACUUUGAUGAGAGAAAAGCUGGGGCUGUGUGGAAAGCUUUCCUCUCUUCUUUUGCUUCUUGCAUUACAACUUUUAUAUUGGUAUUAUGUCUUUCAGUUAUUUCGUUUGGCAGUGAUAGCAUAUAUAUAGUUUAGCCAGGAAUGGGUGGCAUAGAACCUCUGUAUAUGUGUAUAUGUAAUGGUGAAGCACUGUGGCUUCAACUUCAGGUGGUGUUCUUCGAUGAUAUUAUUUUGAA